AAAUGCGAAAAAAAUUUGGCGCAUGUCACACGGGCAAUCGGCAUUUCAAUCUUAUCACUAAAUAGGACCAGGUGUAUAUUCCCUUCUUCACACAACCAAACACCGUACCAAACAUCUUGUCGUACCGGCUACAGUUUCUGCCUCAGAUAGUAAGCUGAUUUGUGAUGGGUGUACUGCCGCCAUCGCUCGGAAUGCUGAAUUAUGACAGUGCUGCAAAGAGUUUUCCUGACACUGAAUUACCACUGUGUUGUACACGCGCUUAGUCAAGUAUACCUGAUGCUCUUUUACAUUCAUUGUAUAUCAUCAUGAAAAUGUCAUCACUGAAAUAGUUAUCUGUAGCAUGUCGUAUAUCGACGUUUGUAAUACUCUAUAGCAAGAGACGAGGUAAAAUGCAGCAGUUUCUGUAACUAGUAAAGAGUGUUUGUAUGGGAGAGGGGGGGGACUAAAACAUCGAGCAAAGUCACUUGGAACAACAAAUAAUUUACGAUGGUUCGCAGCACUCUACAUUUAGUAGCCUGUUAUCAUCAAUUGACAAAGGCAGUAUGCAGACAGAGAAGCCAUCAAGACAGUUGUCGAUUUGACGAUAUAAAAAUUGUGUGAACUGUCCAUUGUCCUCAGACGUUGAAAUGGACGAGAAAUAUAUGUUCCUCCAGAAUUACACUGGUGGACGUCAUAUCCUGGUCAAAAUAUAUAUACCGAUGUACAUUGAUUCUCAGUGACAACAAACACCUGAGAAUAAUUCAAAUACACAGGAAUAACAUAGAAGGCAAUGACAAUUAGAAAACAGUGUUCAGCAUUUCACCUGUAUGUACUAGAUCUAUCCAGUUUUGUUAUUCAUAGUAUUGAUCAUCAAAUACAGUUCUAGAUAUCAUGCAACAACGAAAUAACGGACCAACUUGCGGGCGUCAAUGCAUUGUCAUUACAAAUCUUCCUACAAUCAAGGAAGUCAGACUAAAAUACUAAUCAUUCCAUAAUUGGGAAUAAAGAGUAGGUAGCUGAUGUAAUACCCUCAUCGAAUGUUCCAAUAUAAUAAAUGCACAUAUUCUGUGUUUCAGUUUAUUUGAGACCCGGUCUCUUCUGUGUACAGCAAUAUAAACUAACAUGUUUAGUCCUAAGUCCUUAUAAUGGGAACAUAUAAAACCCUUAAAAUAGCAUAUGUUUACGAGCCUAGUCAUUAUGAUAUCUGAACUAUUGGGAUGUUUGGCAAGGACUAUAGGACGAGUGCCAAUUUCUAUCGCUGGUGUGGUAUUGUUCAUUUAUGAUGGAUGUUGUAUUACAUUCAGUUCCUGCAACAUUUCAAGCAAGGGAAAACCCGGGAUCGAUUCCCCCACAUGGGUACAAUGUGUGAAGACCAUGUCUUGUGUUCCCCGCCCAGAUAUUGCUGGAAUAUUGCCAAGAGCGUGUAAAACCCAACUCACACAACCCAACCGAACAGCAUAUUUUGUGUUUCAGCAAGUCAACAAUUGGCAGCAGCACCCCACCAGUGCCCCCAGUCGGAACAGGAGCCACAGAGAAAGGGCUGAACAGAUAACAGUGACAAGGUCUGAUCUACAUGCCUCGAGUGAUUCGAGUCGGACUGAGAGGACACCAGUGACGACCACAAAAACACCUGCUACACAGGCGACUCCAUCACCAGCAGACUGCGACGUCCUCAUGGACGCCAGCAGAAGGGGGAACCUGGAGGAGAUGAAGCGGCUCCUGACUCUGAAUGUCGACGUCAACUGUAGGGACAGUAAUAGCAGGACACCGGUGAUGUGGGCAGCAGGGUUUGGACACGGAGAAGUGGUGGAGCUCCUGGUGAGGAAAGGAGCCGAUGUGUCACUGGUGGACGAGGGCGGUAGCAGCAUUCUUCACUUCGCCUGUUAUGCAGGAGACAUGGAGAUGGUUAAGUUUGUGCUGUCACUGAACGUCUUGGACAUCGAAAGUAGAGGAGCGUUGAGCAGGACACCGGUGAUGUAUGCAGCAAGGUGGGGACACAGAGACGUGUUGGAGCUCCUGGUGAGUAUAGGAGCCGAUGUGUCACUGGUGGACGAUGACGGUGACAACAUCCUUCACCUCGUCGGUUGGGGAGGAGACAUGGAGACGGCGAAGUUUGUGCUGUCACUGAACGUUGUGGACAUCGACGCCAGGAACAACGACGGGCGGACAGCGGCGGACGUGGCGAGAUCCGGGAGACGUCGGCAAAUUGCGGAUCUGCUGGAGUCCCGCGGGGCUCAGUGACGUCAGUGCCGUGUUUGUGUAGACGGUGAAGAAGACCUGGCAGUGACGUGGUGUGCCGUUCACGUCAUCGUGUGUCUUUAUUUACGUGAAACUGUUUGUUGUUUUGGGGGAUGAAUAAAACUUGUAAAAGCUU